AAAUUCAAUUUCGCCAACAUUCAUCGAUUAUUUUCCUUUUCAUUUCUCGUCUCUCUAAAUUGUAAAUGGCGGAUAAUAAAACUUUAUAACAAAAGUGAGAUUCUUAUUUAAUAAAUCACUUCAGAUCUCUUGUAAAUAUGGAGAUAACUCGUACCACGCUUGGAAUUGCAGCUGGAAUAGCUGGAACAAUAUUUCUUGGCUACUGUGUGUAUUUUGAUCAACAACGUCGAAAGGAUCCACUUUUCAAAAAGAAGUUGAGAGAACGCAGACAGAGGGCACAACAGAAUUCAUCACGGUCACGGACCCUAGGUGGCCCAUUGCCCGAUUUGAGUGACCAUGAAGCUAUGCAGAGAUUCUUUUUGCAACAGAUUCAAUUAGGUGAAGAGCUCUUGGCUGCAGGUGAUCUGGAAGCAGGUGUAGAGCACCUUGGUCAAGCUGUAACAGUUUGUGGUCAAACACAGCAAUUGCUCAGUGUGCUUCAACAAACCAUGCCAGCGCCUAUCUUCCAUUUACUAUUGAAGAAGUUACCAGAGGUGUCUGAGCGUCUCCGCGCCAACAUAAAGGCAAGCGGUAAUGAGCUGCAAGAGGAGGAUGUUGAAUAAAUAGUUGCGUUACAAGUCUCGCACACUCCUGUUACAUAUUGGUAGGCUUUCCGUUUUUGUGUACAGUCAGAUCACACUACAUGAAAACAAGUGUAAUAUUAUUGUUACAACUAUUGGCUAUUUAAUUGCUUUAUUGAUGAGGUAUUUAAUAUUUAAAAAGUUGUAUAAUGCAAUUGUAAUCGAAAUCGGUUCAAAAUUAAAGAACGGGAAGAGCAUUUAAAAACAAAUCAAUGGUAUUACUUACCAUUAUUAAUUAUAUUUAAAAAAUCCAAUUCAAUUAUUGAUUAAAGUCAAUUUGAUUAAUUCAUCUCACAUUGAAGGAAUGAAUGUACAAUUUAACUGACAAUGAUUAAACUCAAUGGAGUUGUCAUUCUCCAAUUCAUUGAUAAUGCAGAUUAUAUUAUUGUAUUAAGUUUAAUAUAAUACCUGUAUUUAGAUUAGCGAUGCAAAGAAUUGUAAUUUACGAAUUAUAUGAUCUAUGAGCCCAAAUAUAUAAUGGUUCAAUCACAAUGCUAGGUGUCGAAAUCCCUCUACAAACUAGCUAAAGGCAUAUCAAAAAAUUAUUGACAAGUGUUAUUGUACAGUGUAGGGUUUUGUCAUUCUUAAGCAGAACAUACUGAAGUAUGUGUUACAAUGCACAUGCAUUUGUAUAAAUUCGCACGUUAAGCACACAUGUGCUAGAAUUGUCUAUGGUAGACGAACAUCAUUAUAGGGGGAAAGAAGGGGGGUGUAAAAUCAUUUCGUAUUUGAGAGCUGCACUCUUAUCGUUGUAGCUCUCGCCACUCACUACGAUUUCUAGUGAAUCUCUUCACCUCUUUUUCUCCCUUAUGUCCUUUCACCACAUUUCAAAGAUUCACGUCUCACAUCCAUACACAGCUAUACUCCAGUAUAAGUGGGUCGUGUACUCCAUAAACUUUGUAGACGUGUCUGAGAAUAAAUAUGUUUUUUUAUAAGGGGCUGGACACCCUUCGGGAUACUUUUUUUUUUAAUAUAGUGGUGUAAGCUCUCACUGCUGUUAUAGUGAAAUUGAUGUACGCAAUCACGGAAAGUGCCUUCUUUAGUACCUUCUGCUAGUUUUGUCUCUAUUUCAAACUUCCCGUUCCUAGUUUAGGUUGUUUAUGGUCGAGUUGAUAAUAUGUUACACGUGAGAAUCUGUAUUAUGAGUGCCCAAUUUUUAACCUUUUCUCUUUCACAUAAGAUUAAUUAUAAUUGAGAAAUAAGUACGAAUAAAUAGUGUGUAGUUAAUUUUUAAAUUUGCUAUUUAAUUUGUUAUUUAUAAUUAGUAUGUCGUUUAUAUUUCACAUAAAUCAAACAUUACCUGUUGAAAUUUUCGAGUAGCAUUGGCUGUGAUACAAAUUAAUAAGGGAAAAGUUCACCGUUUACAGAAAUAUUACUCAGAUGGAAUGCGACGUAUGACGCUGGUGAAACAGUAUACUUGUUUGUUAGUGUUAUAUUUAGGUUUUUGUGUUCACAACAGUUAAGUAUGCUUGUGAGUUUUGAUUGAGGAUUUUAUUGUAAAAUAAAAGUAUUGUACAAUG